CCUAAGUACACAAACAGAAUGUGUACAGGUUGGUGAGGCCAACCUGUAGCUUGUAAACUCGGGAAACAGCGUGGCAUUCCCUAUCGCAUACUUAAAAAGGGUUGUAUUUGGAGUGUGUCUCCAAUAGUGUAAUUAGGUGCCGGAUCUCGAUGAGUGAAUCGAUUGCCUUGGCAGACCACAGCAUGGCUCCGGUUGGACUACUUCUUUCGCUGCUAUGCAGUUUGUUGCUGUUAAAUGACAUCGGAUCUGCAGCCCCGGCUCCCCAGGCUCCGGGCCCAGGCCUGGUAUUCCUGUCGGGCCGGGCCGCCGACAGUGUCCUUCGGAGGCAGCGACGCCACAACUCGGGGAUAUUCGAGGAGUUCAUGGAAGGAGACCUGGAGAGGGAGUGUGUGGAGGAGCGAUGUGUCCUGGAGGAGGCCAGGGAGGUGUUUGAGGACGACCUCAAGACGAUGGAGUUUUGGGCUGGGUAUAUAGACGGCGACCAGUGCAGCCCGGAGCCGUGUCAGAACCUGGGUGUGUGUAAAGACCUCCUCGGCUCCUUCACCUGUACCUGCCCCCCCAACUUCACCGGCAGCCAUUGCGAGAUCGCCACACGCAAAAGGUGUGACGUAAACAACGGCGACUGCUGGCACUUCUGUGAGUCAGUGGGAGACGCUGGCACCAGAUGUUCCUGCGCCGAUGGGUUCAAGCUCUCUGAGGACGGACUGGACUGUUUACCAGAAGGCGACUACCCCUGCGGCCGGGACGCGAUGACGGUGAUCAGCGACAUGUCGAGGCGGUCUCUCUCGCUGCUGAACGCCACCCUGACGCAGAACCAGACCAACACCAACACCACCACCACCACCACCACCAACACCACAGCCAGCAGCACUGCCCCCGUCACCCCCUCCGCAGCCCCGUCUGCGUCCACAUCGCCCCCCGGGGCCGACAGCGCCCCCAUGCUGACCCGCUCCAGGAGGGGACCCGUGGCGUUCUUGGCGGACCUGGAGGAGCACGAGGACUCCAAGCGCAUCGUCGGCGGGCUGGACGUCAGCCCCGGGGAGAUCCCGUGGCAGGUGGGGUUGAUCCACCAUCCCAGCGGUCUGCUGUUCUGCGGGGGCUCCAUCCUCAGCGAGCUGUGGGUCAUCACUGCCGCCCACUGCCUGGUGGAGGGCGGCCAGGACUUCUUCGUCAGGGCAGGGGAGCACAACAUUGACAUGGAGGAGGGCAGUGAGCAGGACCUGGAGGUGCGGGAGGAGUUCUUCCACCCCCGCUACAACGCCACCGUCAGCCCGUACAACCACGACAUCGCCCUGCUCCGCCUGCAGAGCUCCAUCCGCUUCUCCGCCACGGUGGUGCCCAUCUGCCUGGGGCCCAAGGCCUUCGCGGAGACCCUGGUGAAGGACUGCUCCCCCGGCACCGUCAGCGGCUGGGGCCGCCUGCGCUUCCAGGGGGCCACCUCCUCCACCCUGAAGAAGGUGGAGCUGCCCUUCACGGAGCGGGCCGAGUGCAAGGACAGCAGCUCGUCCAGGAUCACGCGCUACAUGUUCUGCGCCGGCUACGAAGACAAGGCCAAGGACUCCUGCCAGGGCGACAGCGGCGGCCCGCACACCAACCGCUACCACGACACCUGGUUCCUGACGGGCAUCGUGAGCUGGGGCGAGGAGUGCGCCAUGAAGGGGAAGUACGGCGUGUACACGCGCGUGUCCCACUACUACCGCUGGAUACGCAGGGUCAUGAGGUCCCACACCCGCAUGCUGGACCUGGGGCCGGACGAAACGGACGAGCCGGACCCCUGACUGAACCCACCCCCCCCCCCCCCCCCGGGGUGUUUUAGGUAGCAGGCGAUAAGACUGCAGAGGAAACCCAUAGAAACAUGUCCUCGCUUAAUGCAGUUUGGCAACUGGUUUAAACAUUCAAAAGUCGUUACUUUUUAUUUUUUAUUUUGGUAGACAUACACAGCAGUUGUCAAUCAUUAAUAAAAGGGAUUGCUUACUAUA